CCGCCAGCCCAGCCUUUAUUACUCCCUGCUCUCCGACCUCGGGAGCGCGAGCGCUGCUGCAAACCUUCCAAGCCGCUGGCCGAACCCACCCAAAAGGCGAAGAGCAGCCACCUUCGCCCCCCAGAUCGGCGGAUCAUCACGCGGCGGCGGCUCACAGCUCCGGCCUCGCCCGCGCGAGAUCCGAACGAGACACCCGACGCACGCCUCCCCAGGCGCGCCACGCCCUCCCCCACUUUAUUAGCCCACCCGAGAGCGUGCCGCUUGGAAUAGGCGGCGCUUCGGUUCGGCUCCUUCCUCCCCCUCUCUCUUCUGCCGUGUCCGGGCUUGCCGAGCGGCGGGCGGGUUGGUUGGCGUCGGGAAGGAGGAGGAGUCGUCGAGGAUGGAGGGGCGGGUGAUGCGGCGCAGCGUCACGCUGGCGGACCAGCUCGCCGCGGUGGGGCCGCCGCCGGCGGUGGGGGCGGCGGGGUCGUGCAACCUCCGCGACCUGCUCAAGCUCCGCGACGAGGACGACCUCGCGGCGGGGCGCCGGGCGGCGGUCACGCUCGCCUCCGCCAUGGCCGCCGAGAGGCAGGCCUCGCUGCCGCCGCCCUCGUCGUCGUCCGCCGCCGCCGCAGCGGCCGCGGCGCGCACCCUCCUCGACAUCAUCCGGGACGACCAGCAGCCUCCAGCCGCCGCGCCGGGGGCCGACGCCGGCGACCCCGUGCUCGUCCGCCGCGCGGUGUCGCUUCCCGCCCCGAGCACGGCGGCCUCCCCGCCGGCGCCGGCGUUCGCGCCCGCCGAGGCCGUCCCUUCUCCCGCCCCGCCUCCGCCUCCCCGGCCGGCGAGCCAGCCGCCCACGGUGGUGGCGGCGCAAGAGGAGGAGGAGGAGCAGGGGGAGAGGGUCUCCCUGAUGGCGCUCCUCGAGCAGACGGACAGGCAGUGGAGCGCCGGCGCGGGCGGCGCGGCCCCGCGCGAUGAGGAGUUGGCGGAAGCGGCGGCGCUGGAGCUGGUGGAGGACGACGCCGACGCGGAGCCGGAGGCCGCGGGCAAAGGGGUGGUCGCCGGGUGCUGCUGCGUGUGCAUGGCGCGCGCCAAGGGCGCGGCCUUCAUCCCCUGCGGCCACACCUUCUGCCGCGCCUGCGCCCGCGAGCUCCUCGCCGGCCGCGGCCGCUGCCCGCUCUGCAACGCCGCCAUCGUCGACGUCCUCGACAUCUUCUGACCCCGGGCCCCCCUCCCCCACACCCUCCCCCGGCUCGUGCGGCGGCGCUGCCGACACCUCGUCCGGCGAAAUGCGCUCGCCGACGGCCGACCGCCUCGGAUCGGCCAAUCCGGCAACUGAAAUAGGAUCCAGACAUAGAUAGAUCUCUCUCUCAAUCAACUCUCCCCUUCCAUGCCCUGUUCUUGUGCUGCUGCUGCGAUUGUGUUGUGCUGCUGCUGCGAUUUGUGAAAAGAUUAGAACAUGUUGGCGACUUCAAUUAAAGCAUCACCUGCUGCAAAAUUGCGACUUGCUCCUAAA